ACCUGAGCGAGCGCGGGGCGGGGCUUCUGCGAGGGAGCUUCCCGCGGCUGCGGUGUGGUUAAAAGCCGCCGGGCGGCGCGGAGCCGGGCAGGCGGGCAGGCGAGGGGUGCAGGGGCGGCGGCGGAUCCUCCUCCUCCUCCUCCCUCCUCCUCCUCCUGGUGGCAGCCUCGAGCUCCGGGCAGCGUCCAGCCAGCCACGCCUGCCCUCCUCCCCCUGCGGCAGCCCCUGCGGGUCCCGGGCAGCGCAGCUUUGGGGCCUUUCCCGGAGGAGGCAGCGGCGGCGGGAUGGGCUGGAGUCGGGCAGCUUGCUAGGAGAGGAGCUGGCGCGGUCGGACAGCCUCAGAGGCAGCCAUGGGGGUGCUGAUGUCCCGGCGGCAGACGGUGGAGCAGGUGCAGAAGGUCAGCCUGGCCGUCUCGGCCUUCAAGGACGGGCUCCAGGAACGGGCCGCCGCUAAGCGCCCGGCCGAGGGGACCGCCAGCCGCCGCGGGACCCUGGAAGAAGGCGCCGUGCAGGAACUCCGCGAGGAGGAGGAGGGGGCGCCGAGGGGACCCUCCCGGUCGUGGGGCGGCGUGACCCGGAGCGCCGCCUGGGCGAGGCUGCGGGACGGCCGCGGCGUGGAGCCAGAGGAGCUGGACCGGCCUGCCUGCUUCACGCCCCCUGCCCUGGUCCGCCCCGUCCGGCCGACGCGCGAGGAAGAGCGGCUGGAGAUCAGCCUGGAGCAGCGCGAGCAGGUGACCAACGAGGAGAUGUGUGAAGUUUGUGAAGUGUGGACGGCAGACAGCCUUCUGCCCUGCCGGGUGUGCACCAAGGUCUAUCAUGACGGCUGCCUGCAGCGCAUGGGCCUGCUCUCCCCGGACGAGGCCUCGGAGGCCAUCGAGGCGGCCCACUCCACCGUCGGCUGGAGCUGCUACCACUGCGAUAACCUGAACUCGCUGCUCACGGAAGAGGAGAUGACCUCCCUCUCUGAUGCCCUCCGGCAGACCAGCAUCUCGCCUGAGAACACCCUGACCCUGGAGGACUUCUUGCGCUACAAGGGCCUGGCAGGGCAGCCCAGCAGUGAGGAAGAAAAGGAACGUCACAGCCUGCAGUUUGCAGCCCUGGACCCCGGGCAGAAGGGCUACAUCACCUGGGCGGACUUCCUCUCCCAUGAGUCCCUCCUGAUGCUGCAGAGAUCACGCACGCAGGAAGGGCUGCUGCGUCUGCUGACGGCCAAGGAGAGGGAGCGGGCGCGGGAGGCCUUCCUGACCCUAGACCAGCACGGGGAGGGGCGCAUCAGCCAGAAGGAGAGCCAGCGCUCCCAUCACACCUGGUUCCGAAAACAGCAUCCGGGGGCACCCCCCUCCAUUGCCAGAGUCAGCCAGGUGGAGCCCGUCUCUGAAAGCAGCAGCCAAAGGCAGGAGGACAAAGAGGUGCUCAAAGAAGAGCAGAGGGAACUAAGGACCGUCACCUGGCCGGCCUUUUUGAGAGAAAGCACGGUUUACAUCCUUGCUGCCCGGCCCAACAGUGCCGCCAUCCAUCUGAAGCCGCUGAUAUGAGGCCAUUGGGCGGAGACAGGAGAAGGCCAAACAUUGUGUCUCCUUAGAUGCAACAAAGGAAGGAGCUACUUACCAUCAUGACACACGCUGGACUGGCUACCCCAAAGUGCCAGAGGCCCCUCAGGAGCUGCAUCCCAUGUGAGGACAAUGGCAGGAGGGCUGAUGGAAGCUCCUUUGCCCACCGGGCUCCGGAUCCUCCACUCUCUCUCUCAGUCCAUGCAGUCUCCCGUGGGCACAGAAUGUGGGGUGAAGUGGGGGAGAGGCCCCUUUUCACACUGAUUUUAGCAUCCUCUCUGGGGAGCCAAAUGCCAGAGCAGCCUCCAGUUUCCUUCUGUUUCCCCUUUGGUUUUCCAGCUUGUUUGUUUGUUUCUGACCUUCUAAAGGGAUUCUGACAGCAUCCUGGCAUCUGGAAACCAAAUGUGAGCGUCCGUCAGCCCUCUCCCCUCUGCCCAGCAAGGCCAAGCUGUUUUCUGACUGGUCAAGAUGGAUGGAGCUCAGCAGCUUUCUGGCUUUGAGUGGCCAACAGAGACACAAACCGAGGCCAGCAUCACUGCAGUCUCUGGAUUCUGGCUGGCCACGGAAACCAGGCCACGGCAUGCUGGAUUCUUUUGGCUCCAGUUGACCCGAAGGCAUUCAUCCUGGAGCUUCUGGGGGUGGAGGGCUGACUGGGAACCAGCUUCACCCAUUACAUUCCCUUCCCUUCGCUGGCGCUUGUUACUGGUCUUCAGCUGAAGAGCCCUUUUGCCACUAGGUUUUCCGAAGGUUUUUUGACGUGUCUGCUGGCCCAAUCUUGCUCCCAAAGAGGAACCAUCCAUGUCAAAUCUAACCCUGGCAUCGUCUGGCAGCCCACCUUUAGCGGUUGCAUUUUGUCCCCCCCCCCCUUUCCUCGCCCAUACAGGAGGAGCUGAUCCCACCCAGAGGAGCCAAAAGACUUUUUCAUUUCUCAGUAAGAACCGCUUUUCCUUCGGAGAGCACCUGCCCUGGAGCUGAGUCCCGGAUCUCCUGUCCUGCUGGUCGUUGCCCACCUGCCAGGGAAGCAGAGUUGCCAGUCAGUGAAGCCCCCCACCCAUCUUGGGUUUGUUUGCACCCAAGAAUCAAAGGGACCCUCAACAUCAUUUACCUCUAAUUUUCCAGCCCUUCCUCCAGUCUCUUGGGGGGGGGUUGAAAUGUUAGGGAAG